GUAUUCCAAGGAAAACCCAACUUCCGAAAAUUGGGUUGGAUUUGUUGGUAUGAAGCCACGGUGUUGCGGGAUAAAUAUCGAAUUGCGAAAAUCAGCUUGCCUCAAUCACAAUGGGAAACGCUUCUUUUCGGAAAUGUAUGUGAAUUUAGAAAUAUGGAAGAACUUUUUGUUUUGUGCCCACAAAGGAGAGAAAGAUGGAAAAUCCACUCGUUAUUUACUUGUAUACGUAUUUCCAACAAGUAUAACUGCCACCCGAACAGUUUUUUCGUCAACAAUUUGUUCAAAUUCGCUCUUCAAGGAUGGGCGGACCGCAACGUACCUCGUCACCGCGCUUUCACCAUAUCCCUCCACCUUUUUGAGCUCUUUGGGAAGACAGACUUUUUGGAUCAACUGGUCAAAAAUGAAACGAACUUGGAAGAUGUCGUACACUCAUCGUUCACCGAAUUCUUCAACACCCUGAGGCUGAGGGACCCAAAACGGAUUCAAACCGAACUGGCUACAGUAUUGACAUUCGACCAUUUGAUGACUUCCCUAGUUUUCUCUUUCGUAUACCAGGUGAAAGUUCACAAAGACGCUCGAAAUGAUCAAAUCAAAAUCAAAGAUUAUACGAUCAAAUCAAAAGCCGACAAGCUUGAAGAAAUUUCACAGCUGAUUCUCAUUCUUCUUAAAUUGCUGGUAUCGAUGCCCAAAUCGGAAGCUGAGAGGGAAAAAUUAAAGUACCAUCUCAAAAGCUACACAAUCAAUUUUGAAAAUAAGACCUUGAAAAAAAACAAAUCAACACUCUUGCUGAGGGCAUCCGAGGACUACAGAGGAUUUGAAGAUGACUUUAACUUCAUUAUGCUCUUACUGGAGACCGGUGGAGACCCCAACGCCGUAGAUCAACAUGGGCGCAGCCCCCUCCACGUACUCGCAAGUAGAGAAAUAUUCUUCCAUGCUUUUUGGAGUUUUGAUUAUCAGAGGCAUGCUGCAAGAUUCACCACUAUCGUCCAAACAUUUUUUGAUGGAGAAUUUCAUAAAGAUCAAACCGAUCUAAGUGGAAACGCUGCUUUGGAUUGCAUAAAGUACUUCCCUCAGCAAUACCCCAAUGACAAGUUACGCAAGCUGAUGGCCAGUUACUUGCAGGGCGUUCUUCCGUUAUCUUGCAUCGCAGCUAAAGUCGUCCGAAAGCAUAACCUCCCGUGUGAAGAUUUACCUUAACUUACUUCAGUCUAUGGUUCUGCAACACAGUUCGUUUCAAUACUGCUAGACCAUCGUUUUAAAUUCGAAGACAUGAACACUUCUGUGAAUGUCUACCUGUGACGCUUCAUUUAAGGAACAAACAACACUAGUGCCGUUUAAAAGUUUGAAUGCUCCUCGAGUUCUGCAUAAAGUGUGUAUUUCUGACAUUGGAUUGUUUUCCUCGGUGUAUACAUCGUUUUAAAUUCGAAGACAUCAACACUACUGUGAAUGUCUACCUGUGACGCUUCAUUGAAAGAACAAACAACACUAGUGCCGUUUAAAAGUUUCGAUACUACUCGAGUUCUGCAUAAAGUGUGUAUUUCUGACAUUGGAUUGUUUUCCUCGGUGUUUACUAUGUUUUUUCUUAUGUUUGUCGUAGUGUUACGGAAAUAUUGUCAAAUGUUGAAAAUUGUUAUUAAAUGUUAAGUGUCGUAUUGUUACGUGCGCAUCCUCCUUGGAAAUUCUAAUCUUUACCCGACCUUGACCCGACCUUUGCACCUGCACUCUCUUUACUUGAAUCCUGCGAAUAUCCUUUUACUACAUGCGACGUCCGUCUGAACCUCCUCAAGUUUCUUACUGACCAUUUUCUCUGCAAUACGGCUGUCCGACAAGAGUUUCUUAGCGAGGGCAACAUAAAAUAUAAUGAAACUUGUCGAGUUUGCCACAAAGUUGGAGAUUUGCUCUGCUGUGAGACAUGCCCAGCCGUCUAUCACCUCCACUGUCUCGAUCCGCCACUGGAGUACGUUCCAAACGAGGAUUGGCAGUGUCCUAUAUGCACGGCCCAACUAUGCAAAGGAGUAACUGAUUGUAUAAGCGACGUUGAACGAUCCGGUUUUCUCUGCCUACAAGAAUCUUUGGGCUUCGAUCGACACGGAC